UCGAGGAUAGUCUUGAUGCAUUGCGGUCCUAUGAUUUCGUGCUUCGGACUCAAUCCCACAACCCAUUGCAAUUCCAAGUCAAGCUUGCUUUUCACGUGUGCUUUUCUUUGGUUUCAUUGUGGAGUUGUUGUUUUCGGGCCAAAAGAAGCGUUUUUCAGAGAUUAAGAAGAGUUUCCUGGUCUGGCAGAAAGGCCCGGUAUCUUGAGGGCGUCAAGACACACAUGGCAUCAACAGAAGAAGCGGUAAAAAGUGAGAAUUCGUCCGCCCAACCAGGUAACCCAUCGGAAACAGCGAAACCAGCUCAGCCCGUUGCCACAAAUCCAGUGACAUCUACUGGCGCUGUAAAGGUGAUAAAAGUUUUCCAGUUUUUGUCUUGUUUCACUUUUUUUCUACUUCCCAAAUUAAAUUACAUUCAUACGUCUUGAUUGGUUUGAAAAACUGUGCUGCACUUGGUUUAAUGUCGACUUCGCGAUAAAAACCAGUUACAUUUACAGAUUAAUUUUCUGAAUGAUGCUUGGCGUAGAACAUGAUGCUUUGUUUUAUUUUUUUAUUCUUUGCAGCUUAAGGGAAUUAACGUUACGAUUAGAAAGCCUAAUUAUUUCUGUUGGAAAUCAAUGAUUAAAGGGAUUAUUUUGAUGCAUGGUUCAGUCGUUAGCUUAGAUCGUCUCUGUAAGUUACAUGCUCCUCAUUGGAAACCACAAACUUGUCACGAACGGUAUGAUAUGAUGGUUGACAAGCAGUUUAACUCGAUAUUAAGUUACGAUUUAUCUUAACAUAGUUAAUUGUAACUAAUACUUUGGAAUCGCAUAAUCCCAUUACAAAUGACUGUGCAGUUAUAUCCUGUGUGAGACUUGGUACCACAAUUUUACAGUCGUCAUUUCAGUGACUUGUCACAAUGUAUGGAAAUAGCUUAGUCUUCAAACCAACUAUAACCCUGUCUGUAGCGUCAGGCAGAUGCACACAUGAUUUUUCCUUUGUUACCAUACAUUUCACACAGCAGAAUUGCUUUUGCGCACAAACGAUCUUGUAGAGUUCUGUACUCAGCAGACUGGACUCGAACUCAAUCCAGUACAUGAAUCUGGUGCAAAGUACAGGAAGUUGUAUGUUACCAAGUUUUUUAUUGAUUUAUCAGAAGUGUUAGAAGGGGGGGGGGAAUAGUAAUGGAUGUUCCACUUUUCAACAGUAGAAGGGAGAGUGUCCCAAACAUAUUGUCAAAUAUUGUUGCUUGCAUGCAUUUGCUUUUGUGUCUCUGUACAAUGUAUAUCAUUGUAUAAGACUUUGAAUGGAUCACUUUUUAACUUUUAAUUGUGGCAAUUUUGUGGUUUUAGAAUUAAAUUCUUCUUAUUUUUCUGACUCUUUCACUCAGAAGCCAAACUAUAUACUGAAAUACACCUUAUCAGGACAUACAAAGGCCAUCUCAUCUGUGAAAUUCAGUCCAAAUGGAGACUGGCUGGCAAGUUCGUGUAAGUUUUGAUGAUGAUUACAUCUGACUUUUCUUUGCAAGUGAUGCUCUUAUGGUGAUGUUGACUUUCUCCACACAUAGUUUGAUAUGAGCCCUUUGCUGUGAGGUCCAGCUCUUCAAAAUUAGUUUAAGCAAUUUUUACCUUUUUCAACUUCUUAGUUCUUAAAUAAAUAAACAUUUCCUUAACCCUAUUUUCAUGUGAGUUGUUAAAUUUUCCCACCAGCAGUGAGAUAACAUUGUACACACUGCUUUCCAAGACAGUGAAACACUGUAAUUUGUUUCCUAAGAUAAAUUUCUAUACUCUGUUAUAAUUAUCUAUCUCUCUAUCACUUAGAGAGAUAGAUUCCAACAUCUUAAUGAUGUGAAUGAAGAUGUUAAAUUUUAAGCCCAUGGCACUCCUAGUUUCAAAAUUAAAGGGCUAUAAUUACUGAUUGUAAAAUCUUUGAGACAUGAACAACAACCAUAAUCCUUCUACAUUAUGUAAACUUUAGGUUUGAUCAUUUUGGUAACUUGCAAAUUGCAAUUGCUUAUUGCAUUGUCUUGUAAUAAGAUUUGAUUUUAAUGUUACAGCUGCAGACAAGUAUAUAAAAAUAUGGGGAGCUUAUGAUGGAAAAUUUGAGAAAACAAUCUCAGGACACAAACUGGUAUGAGAAAUUUGACUUGUUUGUGAUAUUAUUUCUCUUUGACUGCCACUUCCUGGUAAAUCUCCCCUCAUUAUGGGAAAGCUUGUGGUUGUCAAUAUAAAAGUUUUAUUAAAUCAGGGUGUUAUAAAAUAAGCUUAUUCUGUGUUAAUGAUACAUGUGUGUAUUCUUCAAAUUUAAAUAUUUUGUAAUUAAUUUACCAUUUAUAUUCUUAAUGGUAUACGGUGUUUGUUUUCCUCUUGAAGCAAAACUGAAAGAAGGAACAAGCAGGCAUCCUGGUAUUUAUUGUCUUUGUUUUUUUUCUCAGGGUAUUUCAGAUGUGUCUUGGUCUUCAGAUUCAAAGCUACUUGUCUCCGCAUCUGAUGAUAAAACACUAAAAAUUUGGGAUUUUGCCACUGUAAGUCAUUGGCCAUGUUCAUAGCCAAUAAUUUGUAGCGAUUUUGUGAUUUCUUUGAUUUAACUUCACACGAGCUUGGUGUGCAUUUUUUUAAAAUGCAUAGUUGUUUGUAGUAAAUUUAUUAGUGUAUUUAUGGUGACUGUUUAACUCCCUUAAGCAUCCAAAACAGAAUUUCUUUUUACAAUAUCAAUACAUUAUCAAGUAGACUAGUAACACAAGAAUGAAGAAAAAUGUAAUUUAAGGGAUUAUUGGUUAAUCCAAUACCAAAUUCUCCAAACUAACAUUAUGAGAGUUGUUUGGUUGGCAGUAAGGAGAAUUAUUAAUCAGAUCUUGGUUUUCUCAUUCUAGGGGAAGUGUCUGAAGACACUCAAAGGACACAGUAACUAUGUGUUUUGUUGUAAUUUCAACCCUCAAUCUAACCUCAUUGUGUCUGGAUCGGUGAGUACCAUAACUGUUAUUCCAGGUCUGAAAUUAAUUAUCUUGCUUGUUGAUGUGACAUUUGUGUUUUCGUUUUUUUUUGUAUGAAAACUUCACUUUUAUCAAGCAUUGUUAACAGCAAUGCAACAUGAAUUGUUAUUCAUUUCACAUUUACGAACAGGGAAGUUCUAUAUUAGUAAAUUAAUUCUGAUUGGCUAGUCAUGCCCUCCAACUCGAGGAAAUCCUCAUUAAGCAAGUGCUUUUAGGUUAUAAACUCCUUGAAGAAUUUGUUCCAAAUUUCUCAGCCUAAUCUUUCUUCAGUUUGAUGAGAGUGUACGUAUUUGGGAUGUCAAGACAGGAAAGUGCUUGAAGACAUUACCAGCUCAUUCAGACCCUGUGACAGCGGUAAGAAUGUUUUUUUUAAUUUGAUAAGUGCAAGUUUAGAUUGCAGUAGCAUUAAAAUUCUUAUGCUGUAUUGAUCAUGGAAUUCAAAGUAUGUUUCCCUUUACAACUCCACUUUUUUAAUGAAAUAUGAUUCCUCUCUUCCAUUACUGUCAGUAGCAGUAAGCUACACUAUAGUUCACUUGAAUUUUCACAGCCUGAUCCCUGUUAAAUCAAGGCUAGUAAUUCUGGUUCAUGUAAUGAUUUAUUCAUCUAAGUUCAAGUUAAGAUAGCAGUAGCAUUAUACUCCUUACACUGUAUUGAUUUUCCCAGCCUAUGCCCCAUUAAGUUAAGGCUGGUAAUUCUGGUUCAUGUCAUGAUUCAUUUAUUUUGCCUGUUUGCUCCUUUUGGUCAGGUAUGUGGAUACCAUUAACAAGUGUUCUAUAUACUAUAGAAUGGUGAACUUAAGUUGAUGUUUAUUCAUUAAGAUAUAUUUUUGUGACUUUUCAUGAACAGGUUCAUUUCAAUAGGGAUGGUGCUUUGAUUGUGUCAAGCAGUUAUGAUGGCCUCUGGUGAGUUUAAAAUGUUGCUUUUCUGAUAUUCUUUUGAUAUUACCUGCAUGAUACAGUUUUGAUUUGAAUUUUUUAUCUGUUUUGUUUUGUUGAAGAUCAUUUGUCUCUUAAAAGUGUCUCUUAUUAAAUUCUUCACUGCUCAUCAACACCAGUUCUUCUAUUCAUUCCAAGGGUCAACUACUUUACACUUUGGGAUCGUGCCUUUGUUCAUGCUGCUCCUGUUUUAAGGAACUUGUUACUGUUUUCAAUUAGAACAUGUAGCACCCUUGCCACUUUAAUAAAACAACUUUCUUUUUGGGAAAGCUCUCUGUAGAAGCUUGUAGUCCUUAUGUAAAGUGCCUAUGAAUGUGUUUGUAGUUUUAGCACUAUGGUCAUUACUAUUAUUAUUAUUUACAUGUAGUUUGACUGUUUUUUUCUUCAGUCGUAUUUGGGAUACAGCUUCAGGGCAGUGCCUUAAAACUCUAAUAGGUAAGUGAAACUGAGUUGUUUAUUAUUAUUAUUGUUAUUGUUAUUAUUAUUAUUAUUUGAAAUGUACAUAAUUAAAAUAUUGAUAGUGAUUCCAUCGCUGACUUAUGAAAUGUUGGAUCUUUUCUUAGAUGAUGACAACCCACCAGUAUCAUUUGUGAAGUUUUCACCCAAUGGAAAGUAUAUAUUAGCAGCCACAUUAGACAAGUGAGUUUAUCUGCCAUGGCCAAUUUUGUGUAUGGAGUGUUAGAGCAUUUGCUGUAAGUGGCAAUAUUCCAUGGAAAUUCCUUUUGGGUACUUGAAUGAAAUAUAUCUCUUUCAUUUCUUUUCAGUACAUUGAAGUUGUGGGAUUACAGCAAAGGAAAGUGCUUGAAAACCUAUACAAGUCACAAGAAUGAGAAAUACUGUAUUUUUGCAAAUUUCUCAGUAACUGGUGGCAAGGUACUGUAUAACUGUGUAGAAUUUGUUUUUGUUGUUGUUGUUGUUGUUGUUGUUGUUCAGUUGAUACUUUGAUACUUUGAUACUUAAUUUUAUUUCAAAAGAGCCAAUUAUUAUACCUUGGGUUGUAACUCUACCAGAACACUUUUUAGUGCAUUGUCCAAAUAUAUUUAGGGUUACAAUAUUGUGGUUUAUUAGUAUAGGAAACUUGCAUAACCAGCCUGACCCUUUAACUCCCAAAACUGACAUAUGUAUAAUUUCUGCCUAUGAUAUCCAUCUAUUAUCCAGUAAACAGGUAAUGAGAAUUCUUAAAUCUGUCAGCAAUAGUUGUUAUCUUGAUCCAACUCCAAAAUUUUUGUAACUUCUCUAGAAGGAAAUGUUUAGCAGUGAGAUGGAAGAAUUAACAAUCAGAUCUUAAAACUAAUUGGGACUUGGUGAUCAUUGUCAUGCUUAACUUGAGGCAGUUUGGUUUUAGUACCUGUGAGCUUUCACAAGCUCUAAGAAAUACGUACCCUUGUUCUGAAUGGUCGUUGUGAUUGCUUUGCUUAUUUAGUAUACUUAAAAGUGUUCUUGGACAUUGUAGCCCAAACUUAGUUGUAGAUUGAGAACAGCCAUUUCACUGUAAGGGAUAUCUUUUCUUCAGUAAAAUUCAGGAGUGUUACAUGUAGAAGAAUAUUGCUUUUGGCAGCUUCUUAUCAUGAUGAUGAUGUUUAUUUUGUGUUCACAGUGGAUAGUGUCUGGGUCAGAAGAUAACCUGGUGUAUAUCUGGAACCUGCAAUCCAAAGUGUGUUUUGUUGUGGAACAUAAUAAAAUAAAAGGUUUCUAUUUGAAGGGCAGACAGUGGUGAAAUGUUGGGACUUUUUUUAGGAUUAAAUGCAUCAAAAAUAAAAGGUUUCUAUUUAAGUAAGGGCCAGACCUCUAAAGGAUGAAAGUGUGGGGACUGUUUUUAGAACAGAAUUAAAUGCAUCAAAAAAUGAAAGGUUUCUGAUUUUUGGAACUAAUGAAAAUUGCUUGACUUGGCUAAUAUACUUGGAGCCUAAGAAAUGCAUAGUUUGACUGCAUGGAUAAAUAAAUAUAGCAUCAGAAGUGCUUAAUGUGAACUGUCUUAAUCAAAGCUGCAGGUGAUAUGAAGAAUAGUUAGCAAAGAGGAUGCCAAGCUUUACUUAAAUCAUUUUUUUGUGUUUUAGAUGUGGUCCUUUGUUCUGCCUGCCAUCCAACUGAAAAUAUCAUAGCAUCUGGUGCCCUAGAGAAUGACAAAACUAUAAAAAUCUGGAAAUCUGAUUCAUAACAGGAGCAAUGCAAGCACCUGAGUUUCUGCAAUGCUGUUGUGCUAAGGAAAUAUAGUAUUACUUUUCAAACCUUAACACUUACUUCCAUGUAACGUCCCUUUUACAAAAUCAAUACUUCCAGAAAGCAGGUGAUCAGAAUAGACAAACUCAUAUAACUUCAAAAGUUUUCUCUGGAUAAUACACCCAAUUCUCAUCACUCAUUCACAAGGAACUUACAGCUGGUAUAAGGGAGACUUCUCUUUCUAAUUUUGGGGGUGAAGGGUUGAUAGUUAUGGCCAGAUUUGCUGCCAGUAGUGACAAACCAUUUCUCCCC